AUGCCGCCCAAGACACCCAAUUCCACCGGCACGCCCAUCUUCUCGACCUCCAUCUUCUCCUCCUCCUCCAACGCCGCCGCCUCCCGCCCUACGACUCGCGACGGCCACGGCGUCGACCCCCUCAACACCAACCACCCGAACCUCCUGAUCAAGGACCGCAAGCCCUCCUUCUCGCGCAAGUCUUCGCUGUCCGGAUCGCGCCGCCGCGGGAGUUCAUUCGGAAACGGUCCAAAUGCCUACGUGACGGACGCAGCAGCGCCCCCCGCCCUCCCUGAAUACGCGCUGGCUGCCGCUGCCAAAAUAUCACCCCGACCCGAUCUCGCCGAGGGUCAUCAUCUCCCACAGGCUCCCGACUUGGGCAUUCAGAUGUUGAACCGCACUGCGACUGGAUCAACAAUUCAUUUGGGCGGCGGUAUGACGUCUCAUGGGACUUCAAACGGUGCGCCUGGCACGACUGGUGUGUGGCAGCAGAGCGAAGCCAGCAUUAUGCACCAUCAUGUCACUGAGCUCGCCAACAAGCGCAUUUCGACGCUUGACUAUUUGCGCAAAGCUCAUGAAGGCCGUGUCCACUGGUUCAAGACCUACCUCUUCGAAAAACAAGACCUCCACCGCAUGCCCUCGUUUGACACACGGAAGCUCGGUCGCAAAGCAACAAACCAUCUCCUCCUCGGCCUCUCUCUCCCCACCGUCGUCGAUCUCUACUCCUCCACUCCGAUCGAGUUUCUGCGAAGUCUGAACACCCUCCUCUCCGAAUACGACUCUUUCCAGCAACUCCACGGCGACUCCUCGACAGCCGCUUCCUUGACCCGCGCCCGUCUUCCCAGCAUGUUCCGCCGACCGGGCGGUAAGUCGCGACGAUCAACAUCUGCCGCUGAUAUGCAUCCCAUGGUAGACGAGAUGGCUCCUGUGCCCGCGGCUGGUGGACCCGCGCCGGCAGUUAUGAACUUUGCGGCGUCAGAAACGGAUCUGCUUCCUGGUGAAGAGUAUACGCAUCUCUUGACACCAUCACUACCCUUCGAUCCCGACUACUUUGAGACGUUUGCGACAUUGUGCGAUGUCUUGAUCGAUUGUUACACCCGAUUCUUGGCUCUUGUGCCUUCACCCCGCGAGUGCUCCGCUCCCGUCGCUGAGCUCUUUACCAAAGCCGACUCACGAGUGCGAAAGAUUAUCGUGCAGGGUAUUGUACGAGAAUUUGAAGAUCAGAGCCGACAUCAUAUCAAGACGGAAGUAGCCAGUAUCGGCAAGGUGGUCCUAGGAGGUCUCAUGUGA